AUGAGGUUCUAUGUGCAUUUGUUUAGUGGGACCCUUCUUCUGACCGGUGUUUCUGCCUCCUUUUUCCAUCCCUUUCUCUCCUCUCUCUGCGGCGGCGCAGGGGUGUUGCUUGAGUUUUGUUUUGAAGUUCUUAUCGACCGUCGUUCCUACCGUGAAAUGUACCGCCGCCGCCGCUUCGUGUGUGGGCUUGCCGGGCUCUCCCACCACGCGGUGGGGCGCCGUCUCGUGACCGGCGGCGGCCGCAAGCCCACGGACAAGGCAAACACUUCGGAAGGGAGUAAAGGCGGCGGCAACGACCGCGGUGAGCUUCCCCCCGGCUUCGACGCGCAGAAGCUGCGGGCGAUGCAGCAGAUGCUCAGCAGCCAGCCAGUCGAGAAGCAGAUGGAGAUGAUGAAGAAGGCGCUGGAGUUUCAGAAGACGCUUGGCAGGAUUCCAGGGGUGGGCAGGCUCGCGCAGAAAAACAUCGAGGUGAUGGAGCGCCUACUGAAGAGUGUGGAAACCCAACAGCAGCCGCCGCCGCAAAGCCCUCCGCACGCGGCGUCGAGGUCCGCCGGCGUUGGUGGCGCCGCAAGUGGGCUCUUCUCCGGGAACACGAACACACUCAGCGGUUUGUUUCAGUCGGCGAGCGCUAGCGCUGCCGCUGCCGCUGGUGUUGGGGGAGUCGGCGGCGGCAGCUCCUCCGGCCCCACCAUUGACGAGCUGAAGAAGAUCAACUUAGGCCCCGAGAUCGAGGCGCUCUUUGCGGAGCUGGCGUCGAUGCGGGCAAAGAAGAACUCGUACCGGGACAAACUUCACGCAAAGGAGGAGGAGUUUGAAAAGCUACAAAAGGAGCUCGCGCAGGCGCGGGAAACGGACACAAGCCUCCGCACAAAACUACGGAAGGUAGAGCAGGACGUCGUGCUGCUCAACUCAGAGAACAUGGAGCUGAAAGAGCAUGAGAAGGAGUGGCGGCAGGUGCGGAAAAGGAAUGAAGUGCUCAGCGACGCCGUGCAACGCCUGCAGCGGAGCGACGCCGCACAGGAUCGGCAACGCAGUGAUGUGCUCCAGACGCAACUCAAUGAAAAGGAAGAAAACUUGCGCUCGCUCCAGCGAAAACUCGAGCGUCUUCGCCGUCGUGACCCGCUCUUGCAAUUCUCACGGCUGUGCAGCGAUGUGGCGCGAAUGUGUGACGCCGAACGCGACCCUGCAAAGGAACUUUCCGACGAUGCAUUCGCCGCCCUGCAGUCAUGCUAUGAACGGGAACAGGACACCGCAUGGGAGGCAGCCUCCAUGCGGGAUGGUGCGGCGGCACACGCGUAUGUGGCAAUUGUACGUCGCCUACUUUUAAGUCGACUGCCACACGCAAAUUACGAUGCUCUUGUGACUGUUGAGGGCGAUGCUGCGGCGCUGAAGAGUUUUGUUGGGGAAUGCGGUUUUGAGCUGCAUCCAGUAAUGGCUGAGCGGUACGUGGUAGCCGCGCCUGCCACAGCCACCGCCUCGCAAACGUUUCUCGGCCCCUACGCUGUGGGCAUGGCACUCUUCCUUUCGGGGAAAAUGGAUGCGGCGACGUAUAAGCUUCCUUUUAGACUGACCGCCGUGUGCCCGAACGUCAGCACGACACUCGCUGGCAACACUCAGCGUGCCACGGUGCAGUACGAGACGGCACGCGCGAGUGGACCCGGUGGUCAGGCAGUAAAUGUGACGGAGACCCAAAUCAACGCAAAAUUGUUCAUCGAUGGCGCGCCGGCGUAUGUGGCGGAGGCGCAGGACUCCCGCAGUGCCCUCAGCAAUCGUGAGGCGGCGACAGAGAAGUUGGUUAAGGCGCGGCGACAGCAGUACAAUGAGCAACUUGCGAAGCAGCACCGCGUAGAGGCGGUGGAACGGCAACUUGUGCAGAUAAUUGUCGCGCACCUAAAAAGCAACGGGGAGACAAGUGCCGAGGCGAUAACGCCUAGCGGGGUGGUAGAUAUGGUGCAUACCGCAGUGGAGAAGGGGUACCUCACUCGGGUGGAUCUCUGGCUUGUGCACGGCCUGCAAUACUUGAGCCGGGCGGCGACAGGUGUUUCAGCAUCCACGUGA